AUGAAUAUUCAACUCAAACCAAUUCAAUCGAAAUCGUCUUGUGAAUGGCCUAGACCUACCGACAAGGUUGCUAUCCUUGGGUAUGGAAACUAUGGCAAGGCACUAGGAAGCCGUUUCAAUGCUACAGGGAUCCCAUUUGUCGUCGGAAGGAGAAAUCAAGAGACUCGGUAUUCUGAACCGGACAGAGACUGUGUGGCCUACGACAAAGCUGCAGAGGAUGCUAAUAUUAUAUUCCUUGCCAUGCCAGCCCAUGCAUAUGAUGAUGUUAUACCGCCAUUGUCCAGCUUGUUGGUUGGAAAAAUCAUCGUUGAUGUCAGUAAUGCAGAAAAUGUAUCAGAUAACUGCAACGCGGUUCAUCUGGCUUCUCUGCUGCCUAACUCCAGAAUUGUUAAAGCUUUCAACACAGUUUCAGCCUGGGCGUUGCAAAACGACCUAUAUGGUGCAAGCCGUAGUACAUAUGUGUGCAGCGAUGACGCUGAUGCAAGGAAAACAAUGAUGCAAAUUGCAAGGGACAUUGGCUUCACCCCAAUCGACAGCGGAAGGUUGGCAGCAGCCGCGAUGCUUGAAAAGAAAGUCCUUCAACUCUUUCCAGAAUGGCGCGUGCCUUUUUGGAUCACGUUUUCCAUGCUCCUAUUCCAGAUUAUCUAUUUGCAUGGUCGGUACCUGAUUUCCCAUGCACCAGAGAAACUCUUGAAAUCCAUCUUCUUGAAAUAUCCAAACCGCAUAACUGGGUGGAUGGUCCUUUGGCUGCUGGCUGUUGUUUUCCUUCCUGGCUGCAUUGCAGCUUUUUUGCAGCUGAAAAGAGGCACCAAGUACAGCAUCUUUCCAAACUGGCUCGACGUUUGGAUGAAAGCGCGCAAAGGACUUGGUUUAUUCGCCCUCAUGUUUGUAGGAAUGCAUAUGUGUCUUUCGUGCAUCCUUCUUGCAGGGGAGUAUUAUAGUGGGAUGUCAAACGUUGAGUUCAUUCAAGGAACAGGCAAAGACGGUCAACCCAAGCAAAAGCUCUACCACAAGUAUCAGUGGAAAGGGGAGGUGUCAUUACUGUUCGCAACACUGUCAACUACACUUUUGGUCAUCCUUGGUCUUACGUCACUACCAACAGUCAACCAAUCCAUGUCCUGGAGGGAGUGGGACUUCAUUCAGUCAAAGUUGGGCUACCUCAGCAUGCUGUUCGGCUUCUUGCACAUUUUCUUCUAUGUUUACAAAGGAUUGGCCCCAAAACAUGUCCGUAAUUGGGGAUACCUUCCACAUCACACUUUUCUUAUGCUUCUCUUGCCAUUCAUAGUGAUGAUGCUGAAACUUAUUCUGAUGAUGCCUGGAAUCAACGGCAUGUUGAGACAAAUCAGGCGAGGCUGGGAGAGGCACACAGCAAUGAUCCAUACAAGCCAAAUAUAG